AUGCCUCUCCCCUCCACAUCAGACACUCCUACCGUUGCCGCCGCCGGCCAUCUGCAUGCCGCCCUCCUGCCCGGUACCGUUUGCAACAUGAAUCCCAGCCUCGGAAAAUCACAUCUCCACGACAAGGAGAACCCUCUCCUCGAUCCGAGCCCCCCGCCUCUCCCUACAACAUCUCAUCGACGACCCUUACAGCCCUGCCAACAGCCCUCCGUUCCGAUGGCUGAAGAGGAGGACUUUAGCUCCCUCCCCCUCUCGGACAGAUUUGUCCACAAGGUUUGGAAAGUUCGCAAGCAGGCCUACGAAGACGCCGCCAAGGCCUUCGCCGCCACCGCCGACGAACACGACAAUGCCUUCAGACCGUUCCUCUCCGACUCGGGCCUGUGGAAGGGCGCUGUCGCAGACUCAAACGUCGCCGCUCAGCAAGAAGGUCUCGCCGCAUACUGCGCCUUUCUCAAGUUCGGCGGCAAGGAACACUCCACGAGGACGCGCGGAGUCACAAUCGGUCCCAUUUGCGAAAAAGGCCUGCCAUCCACACGUGCCGCCGCCAAGGACUCGUCACUAGAAGCCCUCCUGCUGCUCGUCGAGCUCGACGUCUCCGCUCCCGUCAUUGAGGAAAUAAUCCCCGCGCUCUCCAACAAGCAACCGAAAGUUGUCGCAGCGGCCCUCAACGCCCUGACUGCCAUCUACCACAACUAUGGCUGCAAGACGGUCGACCCCAAGCCCGUCCUCAAGGUCCUCCCGAAGGCCUUUGGCCACGCCGACAAGAAUGUUCGUGCCGGCGCGACAAACCUCGCCGUCGAGUUCUACCGGUGGCUGCGCGAAGCCAUGAAGCCCAUGUUUUGGGGCGACCUCAAACCGACACAGCAGACCGACCUCGAGGCCCAAUUCGAGAAGAUCAAGUCCGAACCUGCCCCCAAGCAAGAACGCUUCUUGCGCUCACAACAGGCCGCCAUGGCCCGCGCGCCGCCUCCGGGGGCCGAGGGAGAGGAGGAAGAGGGUGGUGAUUACGCGGAAGAGCCCGCCGAGAUGGACGCUUAUGAUCUGGCGGAACCACAAGACGUCUUCAGCAAGAUUCCUGCCAACUUCUCUGAAGCUCUGGCCUCGUCAAAGUGGAAGGAGAGAAAGGAGGCUCUCGAGGCCCUGUAUGCGGCCAUCAACGUCCCCAGGAUCAAGGACGGCGACUUCAACGAAAUCAACCGCGGUCUUGCCAAGUCCAUGAAGGAUGCCAACGUCGCAGUCGUUACCCAGGCUGCCCAGUGUAUCGAGGUCCUUGCCAAGGGGUUGAGGAAAGGCUACGGCAAGUACCGCACUGUCGUCAUGCAGCCCAUCAUGGAGCGCUUGAAGGAGAAGAAGGCGACGGUACAGGAUGCCCUUGGUGCUGCGUUGGACCAAGUCUUCCAGGCUACGAGCCUGACCGAGUGUCUGGAGGACAUCACAGCCUUCCUCGUCCACAAGAACCCUCAGGUGAAGGAAGGCACCAUGAAGUUCCUGAUUCGCUGUCUCAGAACCACCCGCGAUGUUCCCAGCAAGCCCGAAAUCGCCUCCAUCGUCGAAUUUGGCAAGAAGCUAUUGGCCGAGUCCAGCGAAGGCCUGCGUUCAGGAGGUGCCGAAAUUCUGGGAACCGUUAUGAAGAUCAUCGGCGAACGAGCCAUGAACCCGUACAUGGAGGGCCUCGACGAUAUUCGCAAGACCAAGAUCAAGGAGUUCUAUGAUACGGCCGAGGUCAAGGCCAAGGAGAAGCCCAAGCCGCCCCCGCCAGCAGCAAAGGCACCUCCGCCUAAAAAGGUUCUUGGAGGCAAGAAACCGGCCGGCGUAAAGAGACCUGUGAUGCCCCCUACUACAGCCAGCGCGACUCCUCCCGCCGACCCCGAGCCCCUCUCUCCCCAAGCCACUUCUCGCCCGAAGCCCGCUGCUGGUAAGCUCGGCAUGCCGAAACCAUCCGGCCUUGCGGGACUCAAGUCCAAGCGACCACUCGGUGCACCAGCUGCCGCCCCGGCUGCUGCCUCCCCUCGCCGCCCCGUCAUGCCCGAAGAUGACGAACCUGCCCCUCCUCCGCCUCAGCCCCGCCUUGGCCUGGGUCGCGGCGGCCUGGCCGGACGCUCCCUUGCCAAACCCGCUGCUCCCGUUCAAAUGCCCCCCGCUUCCCCCCCGCCAUCAAGUGGCCUUACCGCAAUGGAGCAGGCCGAACUUGAGGAGCUGCGAGCAUCGAAUGAGCGUCUCACCCGCCAAGUCGACGAGAUGAGACAUGAGAGGAGCAAGUACAUGUCCGAGAUUCAAGAGCUCAAGAACCAAAAUGCCAGCCUCAUUGAGGACCACACCCGUGACGUUCUCAGCAUCAAGGCCAAGGAGACGCAGCUUGUCCGCGCAAGAAGCGACGCCGAAGCGGCUGAACAGACUAAUGAUCGUUUGAGACGUGAGCUUGAUAGACUCAAGAGAGCGCUCAACCAUGCCGAAGGUCUCAACUCUAGACAAGGAAUGGUCAGCCCAGGCGUUGCCUCUCCUACGCACGACGAUGUAGGCAUCUACCGCGACAACUCGUAUGGCACUUCCUCUUCCAGACAUAACCGCGUUAGUUACGCCAGCAACCUGUCUGAGGAGAAGGAGAACGGAGACCACCACUAUCCUCGCUCAAAGGCGCUCAGUCCCGAACUCAGGUACACCGGCAGCGCCUCGUCUGGUCGUGGCAGCCCGGCCAGAGGCUAUCGCAGCUCCGGUGCAACACCCGUUGAUGAACUGCCACCUCCCCCGCCACAGUACUCAGGCAGCGCCGCCACCACCGGCGGCGGUCACAGUUCAGGAAGCAAUGGCGUGGAGAGCUGGAAGCGUGCCGCUGAAGUAACUAGCCAGCUCAAAGCCAGGAUCGAACAGAUGAAGGUCAGUCUUCCAUUGCCUCUCUCCUCUUCACAGUCACUAACAUCUGGCAGGCGAAACAAGGAUUCGCUCGCCCUUGAGCUGGCCACGAACCCCGCAUCGGAGGUUCUGUCGGAUAUCACGUGA